AUGGGUCAUUCAGGGUUGCAUCAGAAGAGACACAACUCGAAUUCUGCGGAGUAUUACGACUCCUCAAUUAUCAAGAGACGUACAGGAGACGGGGUAUCGGAUAAUAUCGAUUUGAGUGUGGCAGAGCUUUCAAAUGAGGCAGCAGGUCAGUACCAGUUCCUCGAUACGUCGAUUUUGACGAAUUCGCCUGCGAAAGCGAGGCACGAGAAGACUCCUAGCAUCACGAAACCGCAUACAAUGAUCCAGAUGGAACACACUCCACAGCCGAGAGCCCUCGAUGGGUCGGCUGGGGACAUGCAUCUCCCCCAAUCGCCGUUCUAUCUCCCAACAACGUCGCAGAUAAACCUAGAGGCAGCUGCAACGGUCAACGAGAAUAGCAGCAUAAGACGUUCAGACUCCGUGUGCAGGCUUACUACGGUAGACAACAAUGUCAAGAUUGCAAAGUUGCAAAAUAAUUCGCAUGCAUCUGUUGGAAUAACGACAGCCCCAGCUACGGCUCCAGCUACGGCUACGGCUACCCCAAUACCAGCAGGAACUGCAACAGAGGCAGUAGUAGCCACUUGCUCCCAUAUCCCAAUCACCGACAACGAUAAUGUCAACUUUCCUCCAUCUGAUACAAACAUGGAUGUACCGAGAGACUCGGAUCCUAAUCAGGGACCUGGAAAGGGUAGCUGCAUUGGAAACGCCGGUGACGGAAGCGCCGGGAAUAAUACUAAUAAUACUAGUAAUAACAAUAACAAUAACAAUAGUAAUAAUAACAAUAAUGAUGAUGGCAAUGGUGAUAAUAAUGGCGCCGGCUCCAGUGCCGCAGUCGAUAAUAAAUCAGGAAGCCAGCAACAGCUCGUUGAAAAACUACAGGAAAUAUACAAAAGCAUUGUCAAGCAAGAAACAGAAUUGCAAGAACGAUGCUCAAAAUUGACUACGCAACAAACAACAGACUUAAAAAAUUUAUGGCUGGCAUACAAAGUUAACGCAGAUUUAAUUGACAAUUAUAUCCUCUUCAUAACAACGGCACUCUUGCCUUCCCAAUCGAAAGCAAGUCUCGCCAUAGGCCAAGAAAUUGUCGAUGUCUAUAGGAUAGAAAGAAGACUCUGGGUUUAUGGCACCAUCACAUUUCUGGACGUUUUGAAAAACUUUUCAAACUUCAUGGACCCAGAAAUAUGUUGUCAAUUUAUUGCAUACGUAUUCAUCGCAUUGUCCAAUAUGCUCGAGGAUCUCCCUCCAAAAUACUCAAUUCCUUGGCUUGAAAGAUUAGGCGAUUUGUCAAGAAUGGCUAUCGCCCUAUACCCAUCAGGUUUCGUGGACUGGAAGUUGAGUGCAGAGCACUGGUACAGAGAAAGCUUGAAAUAUACCUUUGGUCAUGGUAAACUCUAUUACCAUAUGUCCACCGUUCAACAAAACACAUUGGAAGCUUUCGUCAACCUAGGAAAAUCGGUGUUCUGUGAAGAUAUUUUUGUUCCAUCGCCACAGUAUAUGCAAUUGGUUAUCGAUAAUAUUUACCAAAGAGCUUUCGCGGAACGUGAUAGCACUGGACACAGAAGCAACCAUAUAGUAGAUUACUUGAAGCACACAGAAGUCAUGUUACUUCCCAGCUUCUUAGAAUCAUCUGAGCUUCAAAAUGUUGUUAUUCAUUAUUUCCAGCAUAAAUUCGGCGUCUCCUCGUCUGGUAACUUUUUUGAUCCAAACCUAAUAUUUAUCCAAGAUGCUGAGAGACUAAAACAUGUGUUCAGACAUUCAGCAUUAUUCUCGCAAUCACAUAUUUUGCAACUGUGUGGAUUCGGUGAUCCAAAAAAUCCAUUCGCCAUCUUAUUCGAGCUACCUAAAUACCUAAAAUCUCGAAAGGAACGUAAAGGAAGAAAGAAGAAUACAAGGAGCACAUCUGAACCAUCAAUGGAACCUGAGUUCCCUUCUUCAGAACAAACACAUGUCAUGAUUGAUGAUUUCUUUGACUCUAUCGACUCUCCAAAGGUACCAUACGAAUUUCCAUUGGACAUAGUUAUAUGGAAAAAGUCUCUCCACUACAUUAAUGUUACAUCCAUGAAAUGUGGCAUGAUUGUUUUGAGACGGUUUUUGUGUGGUCCUAUCGUUACUGCUCUCCCUCAUCUUCUGCCUUGGUUACUCUUUCUCAUAUCGUUGCAGAUAAAACUAGAUCAAAUUGGUGAUAUCACAUUGAAGAAGUUCUGGAUUGUAUUUGUAAGAAGAAUAUUUCCAUGGGAUUCAUUGAUAACUUUCAUGAACACUUUGGUUCAUUAUUGUCAGGUCACCGGUACCAAGAAUUUUGAUAUGGAUUCUUACAUGUCUACAUAUCUUCCAAUGAAUAGAGAAGAACUGCUAAAAACUUUCUGCGAGAACGAAAACUUACCGGAGUGCUGGAGUUGUUGGGGUUCUUUGUGGUUUGAUGUGAUUUGCAAAAAAUCCGACCUUGAAUUCACAACACUGGAAAGUACAGGAUUAUCGGAUACAUUAUUCUUGGAUGCACCAACCGAUGGUAUCUGUUUUGAUGAUGCUGACGAGACUGGAAGUAAAUAUUGGCAAAGGAUCUGUCGUACACUUUUACUAUUCAAUGUUAUUGUGGAUUGGCAAGGAAUUGGUGGUUUUGGCCAAGGUUGUAUGAAGAUUGUUAAAGAGGUUAACGAUUGGAGGGACUUGAAUUUCAGAUUUGACGACGAUGUAAAUGAUGCAUUAUCAGUUGAGUUAUAUCCAAAAGAAAAUGAGAGUUUCCCAUUUGAGAAAUUUGAGAUUAUUUCCGAUGUCAACCGAGCGGAAAGUGGUGAGGAAUCUGCAAAAUCCAUGAUUCCUGGAGUUCGUAUCGAAGAACUACAAGGAUUUACGCAAAUGCAUCCAGAUUAUUUCUGUUUCAAUAAGAAUGGAGAUUUAAUAACUGGCUCCCUUUAUACCAAAGGUCCUUUAGAAACUGCAAAUAUAUACGGAGGUGAUGAUUUCAACGCCAAUAGGGUUUUGGAUAAUGGUAAACUGAUCGUUCAAGAAAGAUUAGAAUACUCUUCUGUAAUCGACAAAUUAGAGCAGCCAUGGCUUGAGGCAUUCAUGAAUCCCGAAUUCAGGCAAAGAGAGCUGUUGCACAGAAGCUUUUUAGGAAACUUAAAUUGUCAAGCAGACACAAAUGUUACAUUUUUUGUGUUGGAUGCAACAACAUGGUUGAGACAUUUUGCGCAUAUCUAUAAGCUUGCCACCAGUAAUGUUUUGAAAUUUGCCAUUUGUUUAACAACUUUCCAGGAGUUGAGAUUUCUUCGUAAAUCGAAGGAUGAAAGCGUAUUAGAGGCCGCCACUAGAGCAGUCAUAGCAGUGAGACAAUUAUACUAUGAACGAAACCUUCUUGCUUUGAGAUUUACGGGUAACGUUGCUGGACACUUGGAGGAACACCUAGAGAUCGAAGAACAAAUGACAUGGAAAUCACAUGUGGAUGAGUUUGUCAUAGAUGCAAUUGCAAAAGCACAAGAAAAGUUCAACGUUUUAAACAACGAUGCAAUGCAGAACGGAAAAGACUGUAUCCCUGUAUCUAGCGAUACCCAAGAUCCCAAGAAGUUUAAUUUCAUCAGUUUAGUUACUGACGACUUCAAUAUGAGAAAUAAAGCUCAGCAAUUGGGGAUUCGUACUUUCAGUACUAGAUUUGUAUUCGCCGUGUGCAGGGAACUUGGUAGAGAAGCAGGUGUAUGUACUAAUUAA